AAGUUAUAAAAACCCAUAGCAUAGAAAUCUCUAAAGAGAGUGCAGAGUGACUCCGUCCUAAUCAUAUCCAUGGCUUCCUCUUCUCUUCUUUCUUCUCAUUCUCAUUCUCAUCAGUCCCUCGUUCUCACUCUGUUAGCAUUGUUCUUGCUCCUCCUCUCAGCGGUGAGCCCAGUGGUGUCGCAGUGCAAGAACAGGCCCGUAAUCUUCAACUUCGGCGACUCGAACUCGGACACGGGUGGACUCGUCGCCGGACUCGGCUUCACCGUCAGCCUCCCCAAUGGCCGGGUCUUUUUUAACAGAUCAACCGGUCGCUUGUCCGAUGGACGGCUCAUCAUUGAUUUCCUCUGCCAAAGUUUGAAGACAAGUUUUUUGAUUCCAUAUUUAGACUCAUUGGCAUGGAGCAGGUUCACAAAUGGUGCCAGUUUUGCAAUUGUGGGGUCCUCAACCCUCCCUAAAUAUGUACCCUUCUCUUUGAAUAUUCAGGUCAUGCAGUUCACUCGUUUCAAAGCUAGGACUCUUGAACUUAUUGCAGCAGGUUCAAAUCCUUAUUUGAUCACCGAUGAAGGAUUUAAGAAGGCUCUUUACAUCAUCGAUAUUGGGCAAAAUGACAUUGCUGACUCUUUUGCUAAAAAUAUGUCGUAUGUUGAAGUUGUAAAUAUGAUUCCAUCCAUAACUAGAGAAAUACAGAAUGCAAUUAAGACUCUAUACGAUCAAGGGGGCAGGAACUUUUGGGUACAUAACACAGGGCCAUUAGGUUGUCUCCCUCAGAAACUUUCAUUAGUUAAGAAUCAGAAGUUAGACCAACAUGGAUGCAUUUCGAGUUAUAAUGAUGCAGCGAAGAUGUUCAACGAAGAACUGCGUCGAUUAUGUCAAAAGAUGAGAAUUGAAAUGAGAGGUGCCGCCAUUGUGUAUGUAGAUAUCUACUCCAUCAAGUAUGAUCUUAUUGCCAACUCUACCAAAUAUGGCUUCUCAAGCCCUCUAAUGGCAUGUUGUGGUGCGGGAGGUCCUCCUUACAAUUACAAUAUGAGAGUGAUGUGUGGUCAAGCUGGCUCUCAAGUGUGUGACGAAGGAACACGGCGCAUAAGCUGGGACGGAGUUCAUUACUCAGAGGCUGCGAAUUCCAUUGUUGCAUCCAAAGUUCUUUCCACGGCUUAUUCAACACCUCGGCUCAAAUUUGAUUUCUUUUGUAGCAGUUGAUUCUUCAUGGUAAUGAGACACAUUUUGUAUUGUACUUGCCAAGAGAACUAAGAGUAGAAAAUUUGGGUUUAGAAAAAAAAAUAUUAAUAAAAUUUUUUAAUUUACAAUAAAAUA